AUGGCUUUAAUUAGGCGGUUUAUGCCGCUUUUUUCUAAAGUUAUGAGAGUAUAUCCAAUAACUGUUCAAAGUCAAAAAAUACAUCGAUGGGUGGCGCCAACCUUAAUGGAAUUAAAACGUCGUGAAGAUAAGCUCGGAGGGAAGAAGACUUAUCCAAGAAACACUUAUUUGGAAUGGAAUUUAGAAGCAGAGUUAUUUGCAUUUGGGCAAAGGCUUAAUGAAGAUUUCGACCCAGACUUAUUAUUACAAGCAUUUACUGACAGAUCUUAUGUAAUUAAAGAAGAAAUACAACAGAAAAAAAUGGGCAUUGAUAUAAAAAUGAAUGAUAACCGUGAGCUUGCAAAAAAAGGAGAGGAAUUUAUGAGCCAUUAUAUAAAGACCUACUUAGAAUCAGUUCUACCUAAAUUUCCACUGGAAGGAAUAAAAGGAGUCGUCAAACAUUUAACAAGUGAAGCUGUGUUAGCCAAUAUAUCACUGCAUUUAGGCACUAAAGACAUCAUACUAGCUAGUCAAUAUCCAGUGGAGGAAUCAAUUCUUGCAAACACAUUUAAGGCUAUUGUUGGUGUAUUACUUGAGACAUCUGCGGAAGAGAGAACUGGGCGAUUUGUCAGAGAUUUUGUUAUCACACAACUACAGGGUCAAGAUAUCAACGAAUUUUGGCAGAUAGAUGACCCAUGGAGCUUGCUGAACACCUUCGUAGAAAAAGAUGGUGGAAAGUUAGAGCCUAGGCUGAUUGGGGAGGUUGGCAAGAACACAUUACUUGCUUGUUACCAAGUUGGCCUCUAUAUUGACAGAAAAAUGAUAUCUUCAGGUUAUGGUGAAACAGUAGCAACUGCUAAGGAAAUGGCUGCUAGAGCAGCCCUCAAAAAGAUAUUUGGUACAGAAGACCACAUGAAACCAAUUGAUUUCAAGCUCGAGGGUCUACCUAAGACAGCUUCACAGACGCGAUACCAGAUUUCUGCUAGUUAA